AUGGCUGAUACUAUGAAAAUAAAAGAUAUAAAGGACGAAAAACAUAAAAAAGCAUACUACGUAGUGCAGUUUCUAGAAAGGCCAUAUGCUUAUUUGGGUGAAUUUAUUUAUAUACCCAAAAUAGACAUUCUUAAAGCGAAAGAUACAGGUUACAUUGUGUUCACAUAUCCCAUCGAUCCAUCCAUGAAGAAUAAUGAAGUUCAUUAUGAUAAAUGGCCUUAUUUCUUGGGUAAACUGCAUAGUGCGACAGAUUCUGCACAAAAGGCAAAAGAUAUUUGUAAAGACCUGAACUCUCGGAAACCAGAUUAUGAAGAUGGAGAUUUAAAAGAUCCUGAGGAUAAUCCAGCUGAUUUAGAAAAAAAUGGAAAAAAGCGGAAGGCUGAAACAAAACAUACGACAAACAAAAAAAAACUUGAAGAAACGACAACACCUAAAGAUAUAGAAGUUUUAGACGAUGAUAGUAUGUUAACGCCAGAUCUUUUGACAACUUUAACGAAACAAUUGGAAUCCUGCGAAAAACAAGAGCAAAAACUAAAAGAAGCUAUAAAAUUAAUUCACCAGAAAUCUUGUGCGUUUAAAGAAUUUAUAGAAAAACUCAAAUCUUACAACAAUCAAGAUAAAACCGUCGAUGAUACACACGAGAAGCUACUCAAAAUAAUCAAAGAGAAAGAUAAACUAAUCAAAGAACUUAAAUUGGAACUGGAAAGGAAAAAUGGGACUGAUGCUGCAAAUGACAAAGAAAAUUCUGUUACUCGAUGGACUUUGAGAUAUCCUAAAGAAACUAACGAUGCAUUCGAGUUACUAGAUGGCAGUGGUGUGUAUAUAAAUGGUGUAGCAUGUUACUACAUUAUAAGGGCGGCACAAACGAGAACUCAACUGGCUCGCAUGUUUUUACACGAGAUAUUCACAGAUAAAGCUUUAAAAAGAUGCAAUUUUUCUUCACUGGAUUCACACGCUAUAAAUAUUUUGGUAGAAGCUUCUGCAUGUAUAACCCGACAUAAGGGCGUUAGCUUUGAAGAUGUUUCAAAAGACAACAUUGUAAGAUCCAUCAAAAACCGGUUUUUAAAUAAAAAACCCAGCUUAAAUGUAAAGCCAGAUUAA